CCCGCCUCACUCUCCACACGCAACGCUCCUGUGCCAUACCCGUCACCUUCUCAAUAAGCGCCCGCGCCCGUCUCGAGACAUGCUGUCUGCCGCUUAGAGCGACGGCGACAUGGAAAUCGUGUCGCAUGGGCACCCGCAUACCUUCCGAGCCCUUACUGCGCCAUUCUCGACCGUCAAUAACCACACUAACCAGCAUCGCCGCCCCGACACCAUGAGCGACGCGGCCCAGAGUCAGCUGUUGCAGUCGCAGGCACACACGGGCUCCAACUACAGCAUCCAGUCGCAAGCCACCAACCGCAGUAGCAAUACCACCCAGGGAACCUCGCAGUCGACCCUCUUCACCCCCCAGCCGAUGCCCACCGCCAAUGCCUCCACCGCCGGCAUGUCCUCCAACGGCAGCCACGACGUCGUGCGAUCCGACAACAUUAUGAACUCGGUCGCAGACGCCAGUAGCUCUUUGUUUCAAAUCUGCGUCGCACUUCGUCAGCGUCUGCUGGGAGUGCCUGGCUUCAGCGAAUCGCUGGCGGAAGAAGAAGAAGAGGCUGACGAUGACACGGAUCCUGUGACUCUGCUAUGGAGGACGUUCAGGCGUGGCUAUCCUCUCAUGCUGCUGUACAACGCGCUGCGACCGCAACAGCCACUGAGCAUGCCACAAGGAGUAAAGGAGGAGAAAAAGGCAAAGGCUGCCACCUUCAAAUUCAUCCAGGCUUGCAUUACAGACCUCAAGAUUCCCAACGAAGAACUCUUCAUCAUCACGGAUCUGUAUGGCGACGAUACUACCGGUUUCGUCAAAGUCGCACGAAUAGUGAAUCGUGUGCUCGACGUCCUGGUUCAGCGGGGGCUUGUCGAGGAUGUGCGACCUACGGCAUCAGACUUCGAAGAGGCAGAAAAGGGCAUCAAGCGCACGCAACGGCAACACAUCGUUUCCGAAUUGGUCAGGUCGGAGAGGACGUAUGUGCAACAUCUGGAACUCCUGCAAUCCUUCAAGCAUCUGGUAGAGGAAAAGGGUGUCAUCCCUGGUGAUGCCGUGCACGACAUCUUUCUCAACCUCAACUCGCUGCUGGACUUUCAGCGGCGUUUCUUGAUUCGUGUUGAACAAACAAAUUGGCUACCCGAGGAAGAGCAGAACUGGGGAAAACUAUUUCUACUCUAUUGCGAAGCCUUCAAGGUCUACGAGCCAUACAUUGCGAACCAACGGAAAUGCGAGAAGACUGUGAUUGCAGAGUUCGGGAAGCUGCGAGAGGCUGGCGGCAGCCUUGAGAUGCGACAAAUGGUCGAGUCGCCAACCGCGUUGCAUUCAUUUCUCAUGAAGCCAUUCCAGAGACUCACAAAGUACCCUCUCUUGUUGGAGCAACUGCAUAAGAAAGGCGAUCUGGACGACGAGAGGAAGCAAGAUCUCCUAAAUGGUAUGGAGGCUUCAACUGCCGUUCUCUCAAGGACGAACAAGGCGGUUGACCAGGAAGAAAAGCGGGAAGCUGUCCACGAACUUCAGAUGAGAGUUGAAGACUGGAAGGGGCAUCGUGUUGAAGGAUUCGGCGAUCUAUUGCUCUAUGGGACGUUCACAGUGCUCAAAAGCGAGAAUCUUGCUAACGGCAAGGAUGGCGAGCGGCAGUACCACGUGUACUUGUUCGAGACGAUCCUCCUCUGUUGCAAGAACAUUGACCCUAGCAAGCCCAAGAACAAACUUUCCAGCAAGCCCAUGGUUGAUAAGUUGGGAAAGCCAAAGCUUCAGCUCAAGGGGCGGAUCUUUAUGCAAAAUGUCACGGACCUCGUGUCCCUGGCGAAACCAGGCUCGUACACAUGCCAGAUCUUCUGGAAAGGCGAUCCUAGCAUCGAGAAUUUCAUCAUCAGGUUCACGACUGAAGAGACCCUGCGAAAGUGGGCGCAACAAAUUGAAGUCCAACGUCGACGAUAUCGUGAAGAACGAGUAUCUGGGGCUCGUCGCAGUGACAGCAGUAGUCGCGGCGGGACCAGCGCGACCGAGUUUACUUUCAUGCAAAACCAGCCAACGCUUGAAAACCCAUACAAGGAAACCAUCGACGAGGAUGAUGAUGACGACGAUGCCGAAACGAUGGUUGGUAGUGGGCAGUGGUCCAACUCGGCAGGGUACCCUAGUGGAUUCUCAUCAAGUAGGAACGGCAGCUCCAGCUCAUUGCGCUCCCGCAGCACGACCGGCGAGAGCUCCAUAUCAAAUCUCUCUGGAUCAACCGCGAGAGCACAAACGCCUCGGCUGCCAUCUGGUGGCAUGCCUGGGCCUCUAUCACUCCGCACGCGAGAACUCCAACAGGCAGCGCAAUCGCCUGGCUCUCAAGCGGGAAUGGACAGUUACUUCUCGCCAGCGACCGAUUCACCCAUGUUCUCAGCCUCGGCGCGGACGAGCGCUAGCUCAGCCAUGUAUCCUUUUCCAAGGCAGAACAUGCCUCAGAAUGGAUACUACGAGGAGGGACAUGGCGCAACACGAUUUACCGCACCUGCUAUGGGCCGCCAACCACCAAAUGGCUAUGGUCCCCCCGGCAGAGCGCCUUCAACUAGUCGGCCAUCGUUUACCCCUGGAGCAGCAGGCAUGCAUAGUUCUGUACAAUUGCCAGGCCCGAGAAACCGCUCGGCCAGCAGCCCAGACAUUAACAACGCCCAGCGGAUGCAGCAAACGAGAAGUGCAGGCCAACCCCCAGUGCCAGAAGUGCCGGCCUCAUAUUCGAAUCCAAACCGUAGCCAGAACGCUUCGCCAGCAUACCCCGAUGGCAUGACAGGACGAGCAUCGCCUCAGCUUGUGCGGGAUAGACAGUACUCCAACUCUUCGGAGCAGAUGUCGCCCACCGAAUAUAAUUAUCCUCCUCGGCCUGGCAUGAUGCAGCAUGCUAGCGCAAGGGCGCCUUCACGAUCUCCUUUUCCACCAGCAGCAGCGGGUCCGGCUGGUUUUGUCCCACCCACGCCUGUUGAUGAAGAAGGACCCAUGGCCACUCCUGCACAGCUCAAAGUCCGAGUCAUCUGCCCCGUGGCAGGGCAGACGUUAACCUUGGUUGUGUCGACCAAUAUCAGCUACCAGACUCUGAAAGAUCGCAUCGAUGCGAAAUUGCAACGAUCAACGAAUCUGAGCCUCGGCGAUCGCGGACCGAAAGAGAACCACGUGAAGCUGAAGUAUCUGGACGAAGACGACUUUGUCAGUAUUCAAAGUGACGAAGACGUACAAACCGCUUUUGAGACAUGGAAAGAACAGGCAAUUGGAGGCCUGGGGGAGAUUGAGCUUUUCUGCCAAAGAUGAGUCUGCAUGAUCAUCUUCAAGCUAUACUUUAGCAUCCUGGCGUCGCAACGCUGGUGGAGUGUGCCAGGCGCUUGUAUUGCCCGCAAGGGCGCAGAAUCAUUGCAACAGGGUGUAUUGCUACGCAACAUCGCGUGGCCCAAGGACAGUCUUCGGUUCGUGGCAGCACACGCACUGCGCGCACAGCGCCCCAGACGUGGGGAGAAAAGGUUUCGUGCUGAAAAGCCUUGGUACUGGAAGGUGGUGCAAGGACCGAUGAACGGCAUGUCUGGCUUCUGCUGAUGGAGGCGGACGGAGAGACGAAUAGAGGGAUGAGGGCUAUUAUUAGCCCACGAGAAGGCGCUUGCAAAGGCCUACGAUGUGAUGAUUGUGGCACUGGGUGGAAUCUGAGCAGAGCAAUCCUGCGCAGAGGAAAAGGUGCAGGUUGUGAACGCUGCUCCCAUCUGCUUCCGAUCCAAAAGUCGAUUGUUAGCCGAUGAUAGCUAGCUAUUUAGCUGCUGCAGCAUGAAACGGAGAUGAGAACUCUACCAGCGACGUCGCAAACCAUGGCA